UGCGUAAGGGCAGAAUUCAGAAUACAUUUACUUUUUACAUUUUUAGGAGAAUACUUUGAGAAUAUUUCCCCACUAAAUUUAAACAUGUAGAGCAUCUUUAAAAGAAACACAUCAGUGCUUGUUUAUUAACUACUUUAAAAUCAGCGCACAGCGUGUGAAGUUUCUGCUUUCUGCCUGAGUAGACUGAUAAACCAAUAUGAUGAUUAGUUAUUAAUCUCAGUAUUACCAAACUUUUUGAGAGUGAAAUGGUGAACUGUAGAGAAACUUACUGUCUCUGAUUUCUUUACAGUGGUGGUGAUAGGAACCAGGGGUCACCAUGUCUACAACACAAAUACAACACAAUAUAACCCCUUUAUUUACUAUCCAAUACUUCCAGCGAACCUACACAUCUUCUGACUUUUUAUAUGUAAUGUUGAUGAAGGUAAAGUAGUGAUAAAUCUGAAAAAAUACAUUCUGUUUGGGGACUAUAUUGCUUUACAACGUUCUGUAUGUAUCCCUCCUUCAUGAGCAGAGUAAAAAUGCUUUAGGCCAAAAGCUAAUCUUAAUACUAUCCUAAAACGAUGCCUCGUGCAUCAGGUAUUUAUUUCUUUGUUAUUUCUUUCUAUGAGGGAGCUUUUAGAGGCAUUAAACUCUUCAGACAUCUGGUUCCUAUCACCACCACUAUUCUGACUUGGUAAGUGUCACUGGAUUGCAGCAUUUAAACCUUUGUGUUAUGCAAAAAUUCAGAAAAAACAGUGGGAUUCCCCUCUGAACCUUGCUGGUGGAUAGUUAGAUUCUGUGACAUACAGUUCGUGUUAGUCAUCCUCUAGCUCGUCAUCAGUGGUCAGUUUCUGACCACAGUGCCACAUUUGGCUGGAUAUUUUUGUUUUGCGGGCCACUCUUAACCUAGCAGUGACACUGAUGUACGUAAAAACCCCAGCCACACUGAUAUGUCUGAUACACUCGUACUAGCACCACAUACUCUACAAUGUCAGCGUCACUGCUGUGCUGAGAAUGCUGAAAAUCCACUACCCAAAUGAUAUCCUGUGAUCAGAAAUUGACCAGUGAUGAAUGGGCUAGAAGGAGGGCUGAAUUGUGCAGAAACAGGGGGACUACAGACUGUAAUUGUACUUAGUGACCAGUGAGAGGAGGAAAAACAGCAGUUUCUGAUAAACUGGACUGAGUUUAUUUUUAAAAUAUUUAAGCUUGUGCUGUCCUCUAGUGGCCAAAGCACAGAGGUGCUUAGUCAUCACAGUAUCAGAAAAUAUAAAUAUGGACAUAAUAUAAACCAUGGUUAUAUAUGAGAUAUACCUACUUUAUUGUUUAACUGUACAUCAUUUAGAUCACUACAUUACAAUAGUGACAUACGGAAUACAUAAACUGAAAUGCAAAAUUGUGUAAAUGUAACAUAUUCCAUUCACAUGCAUUUCACUUUUUCAGUAAUUGUUCUUGUAAUGGGCAAAACAAGCGACCUUAGUUACCUUGAACAGCUUGACACUUGAUGCUAGUCCUUCCUGUUCUAGCAUCACCCAAAUGUCCGUCAUCUUGGGAAACCUCUUUAGGGGUUUUGAGAAGGAGAAUGUCUUGAAAAACAAAUAAUGAUCAGUGAUUGGCAAUGUUGUCGAUGAAAACAGCUUGUGGAGCAGUCAAAAGAGAAAGUUGGAGGCAACUUUCCUGUUUGUUCUUGUUUACAGAGAUAUGCUGUCCAGAAAGGCCUCAGCUAGCACUCUGAAGCCUCUGGAUUCUGUGUAACAUUUUGCUCUGCAGUUUACUUGUACAGUAGCUCAAUAUUGUAGCGACCUGCUACUGGCUGGCGAUGGCCUUGUUAGUUAAAGGUACGUGUAUGUGUUUAUUUUGUUGUUCGUGUAGAGGAGUGGGUUUGAUAUGUGUAGGUUGGUGGUCACAGGUAAAGUGUAUGGCUAGUGGUAACGUUCCUUGUGAGUUCAGUGCCUUGUAUGUGCCUUUCUGCUCUGGUGUUUAAUGAAGAGCACUUCUCAUGAUGGAAUCAUGGCCUCCAUUGGGUCUGACUUUAUCUUAAUGCUACAAUACGUUGUGAGCGAAGGGAAACUCACUGGAUUAUUUUUGUUUAUAAAGCUCUUGCUGGCCACCAUAUAUCACAUUCAGACACACUGUGAAUCCAUUGCUAAAUCCACAAUUUUAUUACAGUACAGGUCCCCUGAGCUUUUACUGAGCUAUGAACAUCUGCUUUUAGCUAUGUUACACCACUGAGCUGAAAUGUGGAACUGGACAGUCUAAAGUUUGAACCACUCCUUUCUCUUAGGGUUUUGGAAAUUUUACUCGCUCAUUGAUUUUACUCUGUUUGAACCUUAGUUCGUUGAUUAAUCCUUGUCGUUCUUAAUUUGUAGUUCAAUCUUUUUUUUUUCUUUUUAUGGCUUGUUUUAUUCAUUGCCUUAUUGCUAAGUCUUUUUCUUAAUCUGUUAUCAUUUGUUGUGACACUUGGCUGCAUUAAAAAUGAGGAUCCCCCUUAAUGUUAACCCAAGCCUAAAUAACAAAUAUGAUGAUAAUGAGUUCAACAUUGAUGUGUAGAAGCGCAUCUUGGAAUGCUAAUCGCUGUGAAAAACAAGAAAAGCAUGUCUCCAGUGAGCACAGGAGCAUCAAAACUGGACCAUGGAGGAAUUUACUUUCUUCUGUUGAAGGGAUCGAAGUUUGUUGCAAGCAACAUGAGUCCAUCUGGCAGGCCGAGGAGUGAGUGAGGUGAUGUGAUAGAGUGUAGGAAUUGUUUUCUGUCGCAUCAGAGAAACAGUGGAUAAUGUCUGAACAGCAUGACAUCCGAACAUGGGUCAUAUAAUCAAAUUGAAUUGGCAGAAAUAACUUUCCAGCAUUACUAGGCUCAAUCUUGAACUCAACGAAGCCCAGAAGUAUAAUGUAGAAUUUUCUGAAGCUUCAUACAUCUGCCUGUAGAUGUCUGCAGUGUAAGAGUGGGUGAGGGAGUGAAAGAGAAAGAGAGAGAGAGACAGAGGGAGGAAGACGAAGAGAAAGGCCCAGAAAGUCCUUGCGCCUCUAUCCUCCAAACACACCAUUUUGUGGUGCUGAAUGCUGCUCUGGUCUGCUGUUAUGCAGUCACCAGCGCAAUUAAGAAGACAUGCAGCUGUUGUGGCGUUUCUUGUACUGCACUGGAAUGUCCACAGUGACGGGCUGCUGGGUAGGAAAGUGCAUCACCUGUCCUGCGUCUCCAUUGAAAAUACUGUUAUAUGCAACCUGGCUGAAGCGGACCUGCAAGAUUCUCAGAAAAUGCAGCUGGAAGUCGUAGCUGGGCAGACAGCUGAAAUUCGUUCUUUGGGAAACAGUUCAGGAGGUUCCCCACCAUGUUUCUGGGCACAAAGAGAAACAGCCAAUAUGCUACCAGUCCAGCGCUUUACAAGAGACAUGGGUGGAGAUUACACUGUAGUCUGUGGCACUGGCAACUCAAACUAUUCUGUAAACAUCUCAGUCCAUGUAACUGCUCCAAAAAAGCCACCAUCUAUUCCACAGUUAACAGUGACUGAAGGAGAAGACCAUACUGUUAGUUUCAGAUGUGUUUCUGAGGGAAACCCUAUACCAAAAAUUACAUGGUAUGCAAACAAACAAACCAGCAGACGAGAUCUAAAAGAAGAGACAAAUCUGGAAAAGGAGAUGGCUGUGAGCACGCUUGAUGGUUUUACCUACCAGACCUCAAACACGAACUGCUGUGCCACAAACUCAGAGGGAAAAGAAUGCGCCCUGAUUUAUCAUUACGAGCUUGGAAAGCCCAGGCAGGAGACUGAAGCUCCACAGAUUUUACUGAAUCCUGGACAGUCGCUCGCACUCCGAUGUAGAGCUAAUAAUAAGAAACCACCUAUGAAGUGGUUCUUCAACAACACAGAGCUCAGUGGAGUAAGAAUGUACUAUUAUGAUUCAGUGUUGGAGUAUUUCUCCAUUGAAUCAGUUAGUGGGAAUAACAGUGGGGAGUAUGUUUGCAAAAGUAAGGACGGGCAAUCAAAGGCUACACAGGUGCAGGUGCAUGAGGAGGACUUCAUUGAGAUACUGGAGCUGAAUGAGAGUGUCAGAAUUUGGGAGAAAGAGAAAGCGACCUUCUGCCUCCAAGUCCAGGUGCUCACUUACCCAAAACCACAGUGUGCCUGGAUUCAACCAAAUGGAACCAAAGUGCAGUCUGACAAAACUCAUGACCUCUGGAAUAAUCACACUUUUAAACUGUGCAAUCCAGAGCCAGGCCUGUAUCAGAUACAACUGAGAGCUGGUAGGAAGUUAGUCACAAAGAAUCUGUCUCUCUGUGUGACAGAUACUCCUAAAUUUACCAUACUCCAAAACCUAGACAAUGUCACCUGUAUGACCAACAGCUCACUUCCUCGGGCCAUAUUCUGGAAGAGGUGUCCAGCAGAUACUAACUGUACAGACUCUGCAAUGUGGAAAGAGACAAGUGUGAAUCUACAAGAGUUCCCAGAUUCAGACCAGUUCUGCCAGAAGGACAUUGUCUUCUCUGAAGCUUGCAGUGAAGUAAACAACCACAUUGUCCAGUGCUGCCUCACUAACAUGGACGGCUCAUACUGCAGUGAGCAUUUUACAGUGGAAAACCCCUCCUCGGACCCCUCGGACUCCAUGGUACUGAUACUGAUGUGCUGCAUACCUGUCGUUGCCCUCCUGCUGAUCAGCCUCAUUGUAGUCCAUGUCAUCCGCAAGAAAAGGGUCCAUUACAGCUUCUGAGGAAAACCCUGAUCCAGAAAUAUGUGGCAUAAAUCCUUAAGAUGGCGAGCUUGGCCCUGGUUUUGGAAAAAGGGAACUGGAACAUGACACUACAAGUGAAGUGAACUUCUUCUACAUUGCAUCAGAAUCUUUUCACCAAUUCUCAUGUAGCCACGUAUUUACUAUGGCAAAGACUAUUUUCAUAUCCAAAUUAUAAUUUACUUUAAAUGUUACAAUUUAGUUUUUGGAUUCUUGAAAAUAGAAAGGUCAGUAUUUUAUUUCAUAUGUUUAAAACUUUAAUUCUCUUUCAUUUAAAUUUAAUUACUGCAGUAUGUAUUAUGUAUUAUUAUGGUCAUUAAAUGGAAUAAAAUAUAUAUUUUUUACAUUU